CAGCUAGGCAGACUGUGAAGAGCUUCUUGAAUAGAUCGGUCAGAUAGGCUUAGGCUAAAUACAUUUUAUUGGAAAGACUUGACAGCGGAUCCACCGCGCGACGAAAAGUUGUCGACUGGCAAAUUAAGUGUGAAACUUCUCACCUCCGAAGAAACGUUUGACAACUGUCAGGCGCGCGUCCAACGGAACGCAGUUCGUUUUUUGUUCUGUUUUGUACUACUCCGCCUAACACGGCUUUAAUUUUACAGAAAUAAAAAUAAAAGCUUUCUUUCUUCUGCAUAUAUUUGUCAUGUAGUUUAGAUUGCUGAAAUGCAGCAGGAGCGGUUACUCAAAGUACUUGUCAUUGGAGAUUUAGGUGUGGGGAAGACUUCCAUCAUAAAGCGUUAUGUGCAUCAGAUUUUUUCUCAACAUUACCGCGCAACUAUCGGUGUGGAUUUUGCUCUGAAAGUCCUGAAUUGGGAUCACCGGACAGUCAUUCGACUGCAGUUGUGGGACAUUGCAGGACAAGAGAGGUAUGGCAACAUGACACGUGUGUAUUACCGAGAGGCCGUAGGGGCACUUGUGGUUUUUGACAUGACUCGUGCUUCCACUUUCCAAGCUGUGUUGAAAUGGAAAAAAGAUCUUGAUUCUAAAGUUGCCCUUGGCAGUGGGCGUCCUCUGCCAGCUGUCCUGCUGGCCAACAAGUGUGACCAACAGAGAUAUGGUUUAUGCUCCAAAAUGCCCAAACUCGACAAUUUCUCCAGGGACCAUAAUUUUGUGGGUUGGUAUGAGACGUCUGCGAAGGACAACACAAACAUUGAUGCAGCCAUCAUGUGUCUUGUGCAAAAUAUAAUGGCCAUCGACGAGGAGAAUGUUCCUGUGGAAUCAGACAACAGUGUACUGAUCCUGCCUGCUUUUGAUUAUAACCUAAAAGAGCGCAGUGACUCUAGAUGUUCUGCCUGCACAAAAUUCCAGUCCAACUGAAAACCCUACAGUGAAUUAUAGAGUGAGAUGGUGAAAAGAACAGAGUGGGGAAGAAAAAUACAGAGAGAGAGAGAGAGAGAGAGAGAGAGGUCACACCCUUUGUUGGGCCUUCAAAUUGUGCUGAAGUAAGCCUUUGUGGGAAAGACAAGAGCAUAAAGUUAACACUUAUAUGCACUUACAUUUACACAUGCCAAAAACAACAAUGUCAUCAAUAAAACAUGCAGCGUUUA